AUGGUGGGAAAGGAAGCGAGGCUAAAAGCGGUAGCAGAUGUCUCGAAUAAUCUCCUGAACUCCCUCAACGAAACCGGCAGAGAAGACAAUGAAAAUACAACACCAAGCGCUACACCGGAAGGAGAGAUCUCACCUCUUCCGCACGGGGAUCUAACGAUCUUAUGCGAAAGGGGAACCUCAACAUCCACGGCGGAGGAAGCUCCGCCAGCAGUCAAAAGGCUACUAGAAGAAUGGUUAAUGAGUGCUUUGAAAAACAUGCUCGAGAAACCCACUCAAGGAGACGUCGAAGACGUGCCACCUAUAGACAUCACGGAUGUCGUCGAUGAGCCAAGUGCUACACGAACAAGUAACACCCGCACUGUCACUAAUGCGGGUGACGGUGCACUCAUGGACAUCUUAAAGAAAAUGAAAGAGAUGAAAAAUGAGAACAAAACACUUCGCAUCCAAAUGAAGGAACAUCAAGAGGGGGUUAACAAUACACCGGGCGCUCCGAAGCUAUUACCAAAACGCGAUGUGGGCCGAUUCGUCGAACAGCCAUACAACAAAGGGGCUGCUCCUCAUCAUAUUCCAAAGACCUUCAAGAUGUCGCCAUGCUUGAAAAUAUAUGACGGGACCACGGACCCGGAGGAUCACCUAAUCCAUUAUGUUACUGCAGUAAAGGGGGGAGCAUUGACAUGGUACUCCCAGCUACCAGCACGAUCGAUAUCGACGUUCGAAGAGAUGGUGGAUAAAUUCGCCACCGCCCAUGUAGGAGCAAAGAAGGCCGAGGCUAGGGUCAAUGAUAGCUUCGUCGUUCGGCAAACGACGGGCGAGAGACUUCGGGAUUUCCUGGCCCAAUUCAACAGAGUAAGGAUGAGUUUACCGAAUGUGUCAGAAGGGAUGGCAGUAGCAGCCUUUCAAAAUGGGUUAAACAGGAACAGAUCAAAGGAGACCAAAAAACUGCUCAGUAGACUCAUAAAGUACCCCUCUACCACAUGGGAAGAAAUCCACAACGCCUAUUAUGCCGAGGUAAGGGCAGACGAGGAUGACAUGAAUGGGCUACUUCAGCGAUUAACAUCAGUCCAGAACAAGACAAGGAGAGAUCGAUUGUACGCACUGGAGAAACUCGGCACAAAGGUACAGGGGCCGCAAAAGAUGAAAUCGGAUCCAAGCACCAGGAGGUCGAACGUCCUCUGUGAAUUCCACCAAGAAAGGGGACACAAGACCGAAGAUUGCAUAGGUCUGCGGCAAGAAGUAGUUAGGAUGUUGAACCAGGGGUACCUAAAAGAACUGCUAAGCGAUAAAGGAAGGGCCAACUUCACUCGAGGGCGCGACUCAUCUCAAGGACCUCCAAAGACACCAGAGCCACCAUUACCAGCGUGUACCAUACAAAUGAUCACUGGCGGUGGCGAUGAUACGGCAAUCAACCAUGUGAAGUUCACCACCACGGACAAACUCAAACGGACAGUCGCCCACGAUCAAAUCAUGGUAGAUGACGGAAGUGGCGCGUGUAUUGUUCACCCACGAGUUCUCGUGCAAAUGAGGCUCGAGGAUAAAAUAAUACCGCGUUUUAUAACACUAACGGGUUUUAAUAAUGCAGUAGAGCGGACAUCCGGAGAAAUAGUACUACCUGACCUAGUAGGAGGGGUCACCUUGGAAACAACAUUCCACGUCAUAAACCAGGAAACGGCCUACAACGCCAUCAUAGGGCGACCAUGGAUACAUGCCAUGCGAGCCAUCCCCUCAAGCUUCUAUCAAGUGAUCAAAUUUCCCAACCCAUGGGGGAUAUUCAGCAUCCGAGGUGAGCCAUGUACCGCCGAAGAAUGCUACCGGAUCACCCAAGAUUGCACACAUACCAAACAGCUAAAAGGGGCAAGCGCGGAAGCAUAG